GCUCAGAAGGGGCGGUGGCGGAGGUGGCGGCGGUGGGGCAUCCCGGGGCCAGCAAGGGAAGAGGUGACAGAGGGCGGCGCGGGGCGGGGCGCUGCAGGCCUCGCGUCCACCUGCCCGGCCGCUCGCACUCGUGUCGGUCGGCGGGGCCUGCGCGGGCCCAGGCCCAUGGCGGCGUCCGCGGCUCUGUCGGCGGCGGCGGCGGCGGCGGCCCUGUCAGGCCUGGCGCUGCGGCUGUCGCGCUCGGCAGCGGCCCGCGGCUCGUACGGCGCCUUCUGCAAGGGGCUCACGCGCACCCUGAUCACCUUCUUCGACCUGGCCUGGCGGCUGCGCAUGAACUUCCCCUACUUCUACGUGGUGGCCUCGGUGAUGCUCAACGUCCGCCUGCAGGUGCGGAUCGAGUGAGCGCACGCCGCCGCAGCCCCGGCCAGAGGGACCGGCGCGCGCGGCCCAGACGGACAGGGGCGCCGGCAUGGAGGACGGCCGCCCGCACGCGGCGGGGGCAGGAGGCGGGGCGGCCGGGGCCCCCGGACCCUAGACCUCCGCGGGAGGACGCGGGCCACCGAGCCACCCAGCCGGGCCCCGGCCGCGACCCGCCCACACGCGUCGCGGCCGGUGACCCAUUGCACAGAAACUCACCAGACGGGUCCUUUCCGUCGGGCUCGAGAAAGAAAACACCAUUUGACUGCGGCCGACCUGUCGCCUCACGUUGGCCGGGGUGGGGGAAGCAGAAAGGAAAAAUUCUGCAGCAGGGACUUGACUGGCCCUGACCAACAAGGAACCAGUGUUUGUAGGUGGUGACCCGCCCCUUCUCUGGCCUUGUCAAGAGACUCAAAUCCCUGCCCAGGGGCGCCCCUGGCCCUAGAGCUGCCCCGGGGAGCUGCUGGGCAAAGGGCCUGGCCCAGGAGGACAGGAAGGGCCUUCCAGGCAGAG